AACGCAACUCUCAUGCAACUGAGAAGCCUUGCAGUUAUAAAUCUGUUUAGGGUGCGGAGUUUCGACUUAAGAACUUAAAGUGUGGUCACUCGUCUCCAAAGCUGUGUGCGAGCUAGCAUGUAUACCGGUCUGCUUAUCGCAGGAGGAGUUGUAGCGAUUUAUUUAAUCGUGUACAAUACUUUGAUUAAACUACGAAGGUGUAAGAGCUCGGCUACAUUGCACGGGAAGACUGCGAUCGUAACUGGGGCCAACACAGGCAUUGGGAAGACCACAGCCCUGGACUUGGCCAAAAGAGGGGCGAGGGUCAUCCUGGCCUGCCGAAAUCAGCAGAAAGCAGAAGCUGCUGUCCGUGACAUUAAGAGGGAAAGUGGGAAUGAUGAGGUGGUGUACAUGAAUCUGGACCUGGGGAGCCUGCAGUCUGUGCGCUCCUUCACUGAGACCUUCCUAAAGACAGAACCAAGACUGGACCUGCUCAUCAACAAUGCAGGUAUCUUCCUGCAAGGAAAGACAGAGGAUGGCUUUGGUAUGAUCUUUGGUGUCAAUCACCUUGGUCACUUCCUGUUAACUCUUUUGCUGUUGGAGCGUCUGAAGGAGUCUGGCUCAAGCAGAGUGGUAAAUGUGUCCUCCAGUGUUCACAUUUAUGGAGCCAUUGAUUUCAACUGCCUGAGCACCCACAAAGAGCUUGGUGUGGGAGACACUGCCUUUCAGGCCUUUCAGUUGUACUGCCACAGCAAGCUGUGCAAUGUGCUCUUUACUCAUGAGUUGGCCAAGAGACUGCAAGCAACCAGUGUCACCUGCUACAGCCUGCAUCCAGGAGGGGUCAGAACGGGUAUAACUCGUUACACUAGUGUAUGGUGGCAGAUCCUCCUCAUUCCAGGAGCCAUGCUGUUCUGCGUAGAUGCAGAUUCUGGAGCCCAGACCACUCUGCACUGUGCCCUCCAGGAGGGCAUUGAGCCGCUGAGUGGGUGUUACUUCUCCGACUGUGCCGUGGUGGAUCUUCUCCCCAAGGCCAAGGAUGAUGCAGUGGCCAGAAAGCUGUGGGAAGUGAGUGAGAGGCUGAGCGGCCUGUGUUGAGAGUGCCUUUCUGCACUCCUGAAAAACAAGGAUUGGAAAAUGCAUUUUCUACCCAAGAGUGCUUCAUGAGUUUGGCAAGAUUUUAUGUCAGGGGUCUACAACCACCCUGGUCACAGUUGCAGAGUGUUCUGGUUUUUGCUGGCCCACACAAACUGCUGUUUUUCGGAGCUGUUUGUAAAACGAUUUCCCACGUGACAUGCAUAAUUAUCAGAUGACAGUGCCAAAUAUUAACACAGAGCUGUCCACAGGACGUGGAGGGGGAGGGGAAUUGGUCGAGUUUGGGACAAUUCAAAAAACCAAUGUGCCUGCUCUUUGUGAAUGUUUUUUUGGCAUUUUAGAUACAAAAACCAGGAGGAGAAUGCAGUGUGCAUUAAUGUUCUGCAGUGGGUUGGUAGCAUUUUCUCCUGGAUUAGUGAAGUAUCAUUUGUUUGUGCUGUUUCUAAUUAAGUUUAAUUGUCAUUAUAGUUUUCUGCUGUUUAUUUGUUUGUUUGUUUGUUAGUUAGUGCAAGUGGUGUUUAUUUAGAUUACAGUGAAACUGGGUUGUGUGUUUGUUUCUCUCAGGUGAGCUAGGCUAUUAAGUUUGGCUAUUGUUUUCACUGGUUGGCAGGCCACAGCUUUUGUUGUAAGAGGAGCCAAUAGUUUGCACCCUGCUCAGGGUAUAAUUACUGGCACAGCUGAACUCACUUCAGUGUGCAUUAGUGUUCUGCAGUGGGUUGGUAGCAUUUUCUCCUGGAUUAGUUAAGUAUCAUUUGUUUGUGCUCUUUCUAAUUAAGUUUAGUUGUUAUUAUAGUGUUCUGCUGUUUAUCUGUUUGUUUGUUAGUUAGUGCAAGUGGUGUUUAUUUAGAUUUCAUUUCAUAUGUAUUUUCCUAGUUAUGGAUGUGAUGCUUUGACUUGUGGAAGAACCUAUGCAUUUGUAAAUCGCUUUGGAUUAAAAGCGUCUGCCAAAUGACUAAAAUGUAAAUGUAAAAAAAUGUGUGGGCCUUUAAUAGGCCAUUAAUCGAGUUGAUUGCACUAUUCGCUUAUCUUACCUAGUUUUCUGGGGCUUGAUAUUUUGCUGAUGGUAAAAACAAAACAUGCAGACCCCAUGGGCAUCCAGGACCAGGGUUGCAGGCCCCUGCCUAAGCAGAAUAUGUUUAAAAAAAAAAGAAAAAAAAUUGUGUAAUUGUGAUUAACAUGCUAAACGCACAUUGUCUUACCAAAUUAAAAUGUACAUGGAAAUUAGGCUGUUGCUAUACCUAGGUAAGACUGUAUUUGUCCUAUUUGGUUCCUAGAAUAGGUUAGGCAAGGAGACCGAACUUGCCAUAACAACUGGAUGGCUAUCUGUUACAUCUAAACCCUCUGUUAAGUAUCUAUGUAUCCGAAUUUGGCUUCCUCCAUGGUCCGCUCCGUCUUUGACUGGGCACAACUAUAGUAUACAUUGAAUCACUGGCAUAGUUUGGCCUUACUCAUCACCAUAGUAACUCCUAUAUAUUGACUCCUACCCAUUUAGCCCCCACCCCUACCCAUUGUUUGCCAGCUGAUAUCAUUUUUGGAAAUAUCAUUUAAAAGGCAAUUAGGCUAUGUUCAAUAAAGUGUAACAUGCAUCCAUUGUAAUGUACAAUGUUAUUCUUUGCAUGAAACACUCAACACAAUGUUAAUAAAAUGUGGUAUUUUAUUAACAUUAUUAGCGAACUACAACUGUAGAAUUAUUAGUGUACAUAUUGCUAAACAGAUUGAGAUGUGAGUCGGAGCAACAGCUGAUUUCAGCUUGCAGUCGUAACAGUGGUGGUGGAGUGAGCUGACAUCAUCGAUAAGGUACAGCUGAGAGUGGUACAGACCAACCUUACGAAAGUAUCACUUACAGAAGGCAUACUUAGCUAAGAAAGUUUUGGGAAACACCCUGAAACGUUAAGGUACAGCUUAAGUUAUAAUUUAAAAACAACGUCCUUAAGAAAGCUUCAGGAAACACAGCCCAGAGUAGUACUGGGCCUUGACCAUAGAAGCCAUGUGGGGAGGGCUCAUUUAUACAGCUUCAGUGGAUUAGUCAAUUAGUAUGUGUAUUUUUAUUUUAAAUGUUAUUAUUCAUAAUUUGUCUAAUAUCAUUUCCAAUGCACAUAACACACUCACUCACUGAUGUACUGUAAGUUUAUUUAAAGUCCACCUUUAAUGCUUAAAUCAUCAAACACCUGUUUCCACUUUUUCAUUUUAUUCCUGA